CUUUGAUGGGUUUAAUGUUUGUGGGCCUGGAACCGCUGGAACGGUCUGAUUCUGGAUUUUUGUGAUUGUUUGCGACGUUUGCGUUGCUUGUAUUAGUGUUACUGAUCUUAGCGAUGUUCGAGGUUGAGAAAGUGGUGUUUACCGUGAUUACAGUUUUCUUCUAAAUUGCAAUGUAGUGGAACGUUAUGUUAGGAUCAGAACUUUGUGCCAUAGUAAACUGAAAGUUUGUGACGAUAUUUUUACAAUUCUCUGGACGUUAUAUAACGCCCAAUUUUUAUUUAAAACAACAUUUCAGACACUGUCGCUUCGAUCUUCAAGUAGAACCUACUCAGUUGGACUAAAUCGGUAGAGCUAGCACGUGUCUGCGGUGUACCUAUAUCGGCUGAGCCCAACUGAGCACAAUUGAGUAUGUUCCAACACAGAAGAAGUCGGAGACACAAUCGAGUCUCCGAAACGUUGUGUGUUUUAAAUAAAAACACGACGAUGAAUAAUGUUCAGAAAGACAAUAAUUGCAGACUAACCUUGUUGACCAGCAUUAUAAUGAGAAGUGGUUCUAUGCCCCAAAAGGUAGUGCUAUUUAGGAAAUAAGUCGACGGGAUACAAACACGAGUAAAGGCACCGUAGUAAUUUCUGUUCCUUAGUUUGUGUUUUUUAAUGUUAUAUUAAACACUUUUAAGUAACAGCAUACCCACUGUAGGACAUGAUAAAAUCGUUAUCAUCGCCGGAAGAAGUUGAACUCCAGGCUACUAAACGUAAUGAUCGAUUAACAAAUCAGAAGUUGCAUAAUGAAAAUGGCUCUGAUCGUAUUUCAGACACAUUAUCAAUAAAAAUACCGUUUUCGGGAAACGUGUCAAAACAUAUAUCACCUGCUGAGAAUGAAUAUGAUGAUUUAUGUCAGUUGAGCCCAUUUAGUGAUAUAAGUUUUGGCUGGGAAGAAAUUACAGUGAAUACUCAUCCUAUUUCUAGAUACAGUGCUUGUGGGAUUGAAAGAAGAAAUUCGUCUGGGAAUGAAUGUUCAAAUAGUCAUGAACAAAGGAAUCGAACAACCGAGAACAGUGAUUCUGUUGAAUCAAUAGAAUGUGCAUUAGGAAGCGAUGUUUGCUGUUUGGGUGUAACAGAAGCUACCAAAGAAGAAAGUAACUUCAAAGAGAGCAAAGAAGGGGUAGCCCACUAUGAACACAUGGCAAUAAAGUCUGCUGUAACAGAGGAAUUUGUGAGAGACAUAUACAGAAUGAAGGAAACACAACAUAUGUCUGAGAGUGAAGAUUCUGAUAGUGUUAGCACAUGUCAUUCUAGAAGAGAGUUAGUUUAUUCACAGAAAUUGGUAUCAGACUCUGCUUCAUCAGUAAAGUUGGCAGAUAGCAGCUGUAAAAAGAAGAAAGUACAUGAUGUGCCCAGGAGGGAAGGAUCUGGGAGUGACAGUACAGAUGAUUUUAUAGAGACGUCAUCCCUAUUGAGCAAUGAAGAAUACAGUCUAGUUACAAUAGGAGGUGCAUCAGAACUUGAGAAUCUUACAGAAGAGGAGGAAAUUUGGAUGAUACAGUGUCCAAUUUCUAUAAAUCCCCAGGAUUUACAAAAUGAAGAAUUGGUUUUUGGUGGAAAGUCAGACUUCACACUCCAACUCGGGGAUGGAGAGAAAUAUGAAACAGCAUGCUAUGUUGACAGGAAGAAGCCUGUGCCAUGCUUGCUGCCAGGCAGAAAGAAAGGCUCCUUCAAAGCAAAAGUGUUGCAGCCUGAGGGUCUGAUAGUUAUCAUGGAGAAGGUUGAAAUUCCAGAACUGAAAAUUACACUUCCAAAACAGAGCAACUUCCAGAUUCCUAAUGGGUUAACAGUACGUCAUCCUCUUUUUGGGCAAGACUACAAAGAAGACCUCACAGCACAGAAAGGAUUUACCAAUCAGCAUAGAAGAAUGAUACAUGAAGAUCUGCUUAUAAAACCGAACAGAAUAAAGAAAGAAAAGAAAAAGGAUAGAAAUGUAAAUUCAGGUUACAUUUCAGAAAGUAAAGGUACCUGUGAUGAAAGACAGAAUUUGCAAACAAAUGAUGGAUGGCACAAAGACAAUCAUCAUAAGAAUAAGAAGAAAAAUAAAAAUAAAGAAAAACAGUAUGAUGCUGAAGAAUGUAAAAGAAAAGUUGAUGAAGAUAUCUUUGAAAGAUCUGAAUUACUUGAUGCUAAAAGGAAAAAAAAAAAGGCAAGCAUGAGAAAGUGCAUUAGCACUUGAUAUUUCAUAUUAUGAAAAUGAAAUAUUCAAAACCAGCAUCAUGUUAGUUGAUAAUGGAAUGAAAGUGAAUUGAGUAAUGAGGAGUUAACAGAAGUUCAUAGCAACAGUAAGAAGGCAAUGGAAAUGACGAGAUCAGUAAAAUUUUAUUUUUCUUUAAAUCAGUGACACAAAUUCUAAGGUAACUAUUAUUUAGGGCUCCCAGAUUUUUAAAAAAAACUGGAUAUUUCCAUUUUUGUUUAAACGUGGGACUUGAUAAAAAAUUGUCAUCACUAUAUGGAUGAAAACUGAUAAAUUCUAACGGGCUGUCACAACACAAUGGUCAACAAAGAAUGCAGAGAAUGAUACAAAUGGAACUUCGAUUAUGGAAACAAAUCAAAAUACUGCCAACAUAAGUGGAAAAAUAGACAUAUUGCCAACAGAAAAACUAACAGUUUGUGAAAUUGUGUUUUGUGGAUUAGUCACCAGGAGAGUUAACAUUGUACUAGAAAUGCCAGUUGCAGAGAAUAGCACCCGUUACUGAGUGGUUAUUGAUAGAAAUUAAUGUUA